AUGGCUAUCUCAUCGAUUGUAAAUUAUCCCAUCACCAGCCUAAUUGUCGCCUAUUUCGUCUACUUGCUAGGUCUUGUCGUCUAUCGACUCUACUUCCACCCCCUCGCCAAAUUUCCUGGGCCAAAAUACGCCGCGAUCAGUCGGUGGCACGAGUUUUACUACGAAGUAGUCAAGAAAGGACAAUUCACCUUCAAAAUCCAGGAACUGCACAAGCAGUAUGGCCCGAUUGUCCGCAUCGUCCCGGACGAACUGCACAUCCAGGACUCACAGUUCUACGAAACGCUCUACACCAAGGCUGGUCGGGUCGACAAGUAUGAUUGGAUGGCCGGCCGCUUUGGCUGCAACACGUCCGUCUUCACCACCGGGCCCGACGAGCUUCACCGUAUCCGCCGGGGCGCGUUGAAUCCGCUGUUCUCGCGAGCCCGUAUCGUCGACCUUCAGACCAUCAUCCGGCUCAAGAUCAAGCUUUUGGUUGACCGUAUUGCCGAGUUCCAGCGAGAAAACAAGGUGUUGCCUCUCAACCGGGCUUUCAUGGCCCUGACGGGCGACGUGGUGAUGCAAUACUGUUUCUCCAUGAGUUACGACCACCUGAAGGGGGCCAACUUCGAGAAGACAAUGCACGAGCCCUUCAUGGCGGCGAGCAUCAGCGGCCAUCUUUCGCUGCAGUGCCCAUGGGUGCCGAAGCUUCUGUUUCUGCUACCGGAAUCCAUCCUUGUCAAGAUAGAGCCGCUGUAUGCACUUGUUUUCCGCAUGCAAGCUGAUUUCCGCAGGCAGAUCACCGCCAUGAAGCAGGGCAAAAUGAACGACUUGAUCGCCAAAUCCUCCCACCCGACCGUUUUCCAGGAACUCAUCUCCAGCAAUCUCCCAGAGGCGGAGAAGGAAACGCGACGGCUGCAAGACGAGGCGCAGCUUGUGGUUGCCGCCGGAGUGACCACCACCGGCUGGGCCCUCAGCGUCGCCGCCUUCCACCUGACCAGCAACCCGGCGGUGCUGAAGAAACUGCGCGCGGAACUCGAGCAGGCCAUUCCCGACCCUGCGGCGCCACUGUCGUGGCUCGAACUUGAGAAACUGCCCUACCUGACCGGUUGUGUGCACGAGGCCGUGCGCCUGUCGGACGCCGUGAGCACGCGGAACCCGCGCCUCUUCUCCAAACCACUCACCUACAAGGACUGGGUCAUUCCGCCGCGCACGCCUGUCUCCAUGACCAUCGUCGACGUCCACAACGACGAAGACAUUUUCCCCUCGCCACACGAGUUCCGCCCUGAACGAUGGAUCGGCACACCCAAGACCAAAGACGGGAGUAGUCUGGAGCGAUAUUUCGUCGGCUUCGGCAAAGGGAGCAGGAGCUGCUUGGGAAUCAAUCUCGCCCAUGCCGAAUUGUACUUGACCCUGGCGGCCGUGUUUCGCACCUUCACCUUCGAGCUGUACGAGACGGACAUUUCCGACGUUGCGCUGGCCCAUGACUUCUUCCUGCCCAGUCCCAAGCUGGACAGUAAGGGGGUGAGGGUCAAGGUCUCGAAGGCGUGA